AUGAAAAAGAAGAAGCUGAGACCGAGAUCAAACGAGCAGCAGAAGAAGGGAAGAACAUGGGCAGGAAGAGGAAGAAAAGAAGGUUAUUUUGUUAAUACAGACAAGAAGGUUGGGUUUCUGCAGAAAAGAGAGAAACGAAGAUGGCUUUUUCGAAGGCCUGACAGUGAUCAAGCAAAACAAUGCGAAGCAAAGCUGGUGACAAACGCGACUAGUACUACAACAGCUACACCAGUGAUCCCUAUUUUAGCUGCUGAUCGGAGCCACGCAAUCGCUGUGGCAGCAGCCCAAGCAGCUGUAGAGAUUGCUAAAGAACACUACGCUGCUGUAGUUAUUCAAACGGCUUUUAGAGGCUACUUAGCAAGAAGAGCUUUGCGAGCACUUAAAGGACUAGUAAUGCUUCAAGCUUUAGUGAGGGGACAAAAUGUUCGAAAACAAGCCAAGUCAACACUGAAAUGCGUGGAAGCUUUGGUUCGAGCGCAAGAUAGGGUGUCUGAUCAGCGAGCAAGGCCUUCACAUGAAAUGAGCAGAAAGUCUAUGGUUGCGGAAAUCAAUAGUUUAUGGGAGUCCGCUAAUCUUCAAGAUGUUAAAAACAGGAAUUCAACAUCCAAAAGUGUGAGUGGUACACUAGAUGAUUGGGAUGACCGUCCACAUUCAUGCCAGGGGAUAGAUGGUAUGUUUCUGAGUCGAAAGGAAGCUGCUCUAAAACGCGAAAAUGCCCUCGCUUAUUCUUUCUCUAACCAGAUAUGGAGAUCUCGCAGGAUUCCAUCUGCAGGAGAUGAAAGUGAUUUAAAAGAAAGGACAACAUGGCUUGAUCGGUGGAUGGCUACCAAGCAAUGGGACAAUAGCACUACUAGCAGAACUUCAACGGAUAAUAGAGACCAUAUAAAGACUCUAGAAAUUGACAUGCCUAGGCCUUGUUCUUAUUCUGCUCCAACUCUCCAAAAAUCCCAGUCUCAAAAUCACCAACAAAAACAAGCUAGACUCUACUCAAUUGCAUCCCCAAUUCACCGGGCACAACAAAGUUUCUCUCUCCACCAAUCACCUGUCACACCCUCUCCGCACAAAACCAAACCGCUUCAAGUGCGUUCAGCAAGCCCUCGAUACCUCAAGGAAGAAAGAAGUUACUCGGCCGCAGUAACUCCAAAUUUAAGCUCCACGUAUUGUAUUAAUAAUGGACUAUCUCGCUAUGCAACAGGCACAAGCGGGGCUACUGCUACAGAUACAAUGCCAAAUUACAUGGCUGCUACUGAGUCAGCCAAAGCUCGGGCUCGGUCACAGAGUGCACCGAGCCAGAGAUCAUCAAUAUCCAAGAGAGAGCAUGGCGGCUCAGUGAAGAAGCGCCUCUGUUAUCCUGCUCCUCAGCUACAUUAUAGUGUUGGCACUGCAUGUAAUGUUUCCAGCCAGAACUUGGGAAGCAUUAGCUUCAAGAGUCCACAUGGUGGCUAUUAUGGAAUGGAGCGGCUGUCAAACUAUUCGUCCUGUUAUACUCUGAGUUUUGGUGGAGAAAUUUCUCCAUCACUGUCUGGAUCAAGGUACUCUCUCAAUUUGUGGGAGUAA